GGCCGUGGGGCGUGUGAGGGCCUGGGUCGGCCUUGGGUCGAGGGCAGUUUCUUGGCGGCCAUCAUUUCCCACUCGACUCACAACUUUGAGUUCUGUUAUUUGAACGCAGAAAUUUUGUUCUGUUUUGGAUCUAAGCAAACACGGCUACGAGCGGGGUAACUCCAUCUUUUGCCCAUGGAUCACAGUGGCCAGGAUCGAGUUAGAUCGCGGACAUCUAAGGUUCAGGAUGGCCACUCGUCAAGUUCAACUUCAAGGUCCUCUCGUAGCCGCUCGUCCGGUGCUAACUCCGAAGAGGUUCACAUCGGAAGAUACCGUCUUAUAAAAACCAUUGGAAAGGGGAAUUUUGCUAAAGUAAAGCUAGCGAAACAUGUUCCCACCGGAAAAGAGGUAGCCAUUAAGAUAAUCGACAAAACACAGCUAAAUCCUAGCAGUUUGCAGAAGCUUUUUAGGGAAGUCCGCAUAAUGAAGUUUCUUGACCACCCUAAUAUAGUAAAACUUUAUGAGGUGAUAGAAACGGACAAGACGCUGUACCUUGUAAUGGAAUAUGCCAGUGGAGGCGAAGUAUUUGAUUAUCUUGUGGCGCAUGGGAGAAUGAAGGAGAAGGAGGCAAGGGCCAAGUUCCGCCAGAUUGUCUCUGCUGUUCAGUACUGCCAUCAGAAGCAUGUGAUACACAGGGAUCUCAAGGCUGAGAACCUUUUGCUGGAUGCCGACAUGAAUAUAAAGAUUGCUGACUUUGGGUUCAGUAAUGAGUUUACGCCUGGCAACAAGCUGGACACAUUUUGUGGUAGUCCACCCUAUGCUGCUCCGGAGUUGUUUCAAGGCAAGAAGUAUGACGGGCCCGAGGUGGAUGUUUGGAGUUUAGGAGUUAUUCUCUACACACUUGUCAGUGGUUCUCUUCCAUUUGAUGGCCAAAAUCUCAAGGAAUUACGUGAAAGAGUACUAAGAGGAAAAUAUAGGAUACCCUUUUACAUGUCUACAGACUGUGAAAAUCUAUUGAAGAAAUUUUUAGUAUUAAACCCUCAAAAGAGAGCUAGAUUAGAGCAAACUAUGACAGAUAAAUGGAUGAAUAUAAACUAUGAACUUAACGAGCUCAAACCUUACCUUGAACCAUCAGCUGAAUUAAAUGAUGAGAGAAGAAUAGGUAAGAAAGAUGAUAAACGAAUAGACAUUAUGCUUCAAAUGGGCUUCACACGGGAUGAGAUUUAUGAGGCACUGUCAAAUAACCGAUACGAUGAGGUCAUGGCCACAUACCUGUUACUGGACGAGAAGAGACAAGGACUUACUCUGAAUGGAUCCGGAGACCCUCUUAUGAACACAGGGUCAUCCCGAACUUCACUCACCCCCUCCACCACAUCCGUACCAGCGCCAGUCAGGCCAAGUAGAACCACAAGUACUAGAGCUAGGGAAAGGGCAGAUCGGGAGCUGCCCAGAAGACACUCCCACGGACCCAACGAGAGAGGGGCUAACAGGACAGGACCACCACAGUCUAGGCAAGCCGUGCCAAGACACAGGACAAGUGCCACAGCAGACAGUUCUAUACCAGCACCAGCUAUCGGCCGUCCAACCACACGGCCAGGCAUGGAGAGACCAGGCACUGCUAACGCCAAGGAGGACGAGCGGUUGCCUGUGGUAGGCAGAGCAGCAAACCCGAACAAGGCUGAGAUUCCGGAGAGGGAAGAUAGAACAAGGGGCAGGGGCAGAGCGCAGAGGCAACACAGUAUGCCGCCUGGUAUGUCAAGACGAAACACGUUUGUGUGCGAGAGGAGAGCUGAGCGGGAAAACGAGCGGAAUAGUUCAACCCAAACAGGGUCAUCGCAGAUCGACGGCAAAGAUGCAAGUGCUGUCACGGAGCCUGGAACAAGCACAGAAGGACCGGCCAGGCCCCCAGCCAGGCCUCCGCCAACCACUAAACCUGCUGUCAAUCGACUGUCUCCGACUCGUAGGUCCCUCCCCCCGGUAGCCACUCACCAAGAGGAUAGAUAUAGGCCAGGAUCAACACCAAAUUCCAACAUCCCUGUUCCGUCCUCACGUCUCGGAGCGCGUAAUAUGGCGGCACGCAGCACGUUCCACAGUGGCGAGAGACCGCGAGACAGACAACGCGACGAAGGCCUCUCAAGAGCUCAAGACACCAACAGUCCGGGUCUUUCCAACAGACCAUCUCUCUUUAGUAAACUGACUUCACGGUUCAGUAAGAGGGCCCGUGGAAGCGGGAGAUCAGGGUCAAAGCCCUCACCCGAUCCGGGGGCCAGUGGGCAGAGGACGCGAACUAGGUCCUUGAGAGGAACAUUUGCUAGGCUCUCGUUCAGAAAGCAGAGAAAAAGGUCAAUGGGAGACACCAACGAGAAACCGCGCUCGCUUCGCUUCACGUGGAGCAUGAAGACCACGAGCACCAUGGACCCUUACGAUAUGAUAAGGGAGAUCAUGAAAGUCCUCGAGGCCAAUAACUGUGACUAUGAACAGAGAGAAAAGUAUCUGUUGUUGUGUUGCCAUGGCAGCCCAGCUGAGAACAAUCACGUGCAGUGGGAGAUGGAAGUCUGCAAGCUCCCGCGGCUCUCUCUCAACGGCGUCCGCUUCAAGAGGAUUUCGGGCUCCUCUAUUAAUUUCAAGAAUAUCGCGUCCAAGGUUGCAAAUGAAUUAAAACUUUAAUGGCGUUCCCCAUAGCGGAUUGCUAGGGCCUCCGGGUGACUCUCGCAAAUGCGGUUCGUGGGCCGAUCACACGCGAGCUGCGCGUCUGAGACAUUUAGUCGCACACAGAUGGAUUGCAGUACCAAGCAUAUUGCCAUGGCAAGCAAGAGUUUUCGCGUCAUGCAACACCCAAUAAAGCAUGACUGACGUGGACGACGUAUGAAUUGCUUAAUGUAAAAGUGUAUAUAGUCUUAGCAACUAUUUAAUUUUUACUGGCUGCGGCGUGUAGCCGCUUGCCUACUAUAUGCGCCCUGUUACGGCUCCCUUAGGCUGGUCACGCAAUCUUCGUGACACGUCGUUGGAAAUGCGUGACGUCAGCGACAUCUAGAUUACCUUGAAAUUAUUUCAAUUAUCCCAUAAUGCACCGUUUCGUACUAAAUCGAUUAUAAGCAGAACUGGGGCUUUUUUUUUAAAAGAAUUCCUCCAUCUACAGAAAAAGGGACAGAGAAUGGGCAAUCUACGUUAGCACUAGUUGAUGUUUAAUAAAUGGGAAAGUAAGAUAUAUUUUUCCUUUUCAAUCCCUGGACGAGUUUCUUUGAAAGCAUAUGUUUUUUUACCCGGAAUUGGUAAAAAAAAACUCGUUUGUAGGUUUUAUUACGAUUCUUUUUAUCUCACGCGCUACUAUUUCGGCCUAUUGUAAUAUCUCUCGUAUUUAACUCAAAGUUGUCGCGUGACUAUGGUGUCACGUGACUUGCACCCUCGUUGUGUUAUCGACAAAUCAUCGUAAGAUUGAAAUCCGUCCAUGGGUUUAAUAACGUAUCUAAAAUUGAGGAAUUGGGGAAAUAUAUGCAGAUCACAGUAUCUUUUCUGUCCCUUGGCUUACAGCAGUUGUAACUGAUAUUCACAGCUAGUAGGCUUCUCACGUUCAUAAGCUUUGCUACCAUAAUGGCGGACAGCUCGCUAGGCCUGGGCCGAGGGAACUGGGCAAGCGUUUUAUAGCCUCGCUUUGGCGUUUCUUGACCCAGGCUUGACUGAGCUGCCCGUUGUCGCUUGGCAACCUGAUCACCCUUACGUCGGUCAUGGAUUUAUUUGUGUCCGGGUGAAUUCUAUAGGGUGGGUACUGGACUGGAAUAGAAUAGAAUUCAGCCGGAGUGGAGAUAGAUGUAGUAAUAAUGACUUAAUAAAUUCAAGACCAAUAGUAAGAACAUUGAAUGCGCGUUAAUAACUCCAGAUUCCCUUCAUUACCUGGUCUUGAUCUAAGCAUUCAAGUAACUUUAUAGAUCAAUUAGGUCAAUUUGUUAUCUGAUACAGGGGAACGAUAUAACAAUGGAUUGAGAAAUCACGUCGUUAUAUCGAGAACAUAGAUGAUGUAGCCAGGUGGAGGGGAGGGCCUCAUUGAGACGAAGGACAACAUAUAUUUGAUAUGGAAAGGACUGCCCCCACCCCUCCUUUGUAGAUUUAGAAUUUCACAAAUUAUGUUACAAAAACUGGCGUCUGCUUCCCCCCCCCUGGCCAAUGUGUGGCUUGACAAAGGCCCCGCCCCCUGAACAUUUUACCGAGUAGCUAGACGUGUUAGAAACUGUUUCCAGAUUUUGGGUUGAUUUGAAUUAUCUGUGAAACACCUCCCCAGUAGUUUAAAUGGCUUAGAAUUUUUUUUUCCUGAAGACCCUAAAGAUGGUAUAUUAUGUACCACUCGGUUAAACCUGUUGCUCAAUUCUUACACCUAUUCACGCAUCAAGUGUGCACGCUGUCACCCCUCGAGUCACCGGCUCGUCCAAUCCUGUACCAUGCGGAUAUUUGUUAUAACUGCUUGUUAAAAAGUCUUCUGAAUAAAGUAUCACCUCCAUCAAA